UUCGCGUGGUCCACACGCUCGGCAGAAUCUUUGCCUUUUACAUGUAUGUAUAGUUGUUCUUCUUCUUCAGAGUUGAAAGUAUGUUGAAAUUCUAUCGAAUUUUCUGGUGGUUUGUACCAAGUUUCUGCUAAUAGAGCAUCUGAUUUUAGAGAGAACAGUUCUUCGAGGAUUGGUGAUUUGGAGAUGGUGUCCAAAUUGCUGCUGGCGAUUGUGUUCGUCUUGGACUUGAUCGCCUUUGCACUCGCUGUUGCUGCUGAGCAGCGUCGGUCUACCGCAAAAGUUCAAACUGAUCCAAAUAAUUCCAAGUAUUGCCAUUACGACAAGGACAUAGCCACCGGCCUCGGCGUGGGAUCACUAUUGCUUCUAACGGCUAGCCAAAUACUGAUAAUGGCAGUCGCUCGGUGCUUGUGCUGUGGGAGGCCUCUCCAGCCUGGCCGUGCCCGGGUUCGUACAAUAGUCUUUUUCAUCACCUGCUGGGUCGUGUUCUUUAUCGCUGAGGUAUGCUUAUUGGCUGGCUCGGUUCGUAACGCUUACCACACCAAGUACAGGACAUACUUUUCGGAUAAUCCUCCGUCCUGCGAGACUCUGAGGAAGGGUGUCUUUGGGGCGGGGGCUGCAUUCAUUGUCUUUACGGGGAUACUCUCGGGGCUAUUUUACGUAAGCUAUUCGAGGAGCAGCGAUGGGCUCGCGCCCGGGAGUCGGGACACCGGAAUUCGAAUGGGAUCGAUAUAGCUGGCUCGAAAUAAGGUUUGUCUGUUCUUUACAUUCAUCUAUACUUGUGGGUUGAAAAGGUUGCUAUGAAUGAUCAAUUUUAUUGAUUAGGAGAUAAUAAAUGCAUUUGUAAUAUUUUCGUGAGAAAUUUCUCAGGUUUGGCAUUUUAGUUGCUAUGUGCAGUUCGUUUUAUUCCAUGUAAAUUUUUCAGGUAAUCAAUGGUGGUUUUGUGGUGUCAAGAGUUGAUCCUUAAAUCUUGAUGAAUCCAAUAUUGUAUGUUAUAUGUAAAGACUAUUUGUAGGAGAAAAUAAUAUUUUUUUACGAAAA